AUGUCAACCACAACAUCUAUUAACACUAUAGAAAAUACCAAUAAUAAUAGUACUAUCACAACUACCACCAAUAAUAAUGCCACUACUUCGACAAAUUUUACAAUUAAGGCAAAUUUAGAGAAUACCGCAAAUCCAGCCGAUGAAGAAGCAAUUAGUUCAAUAACUGAUAAACCAUCCGAUUCAACCACUAAAAGUAUAAAAGAUAAUGAGGUAGUUGAAUCUCCAAGUAAUUUAUCUUUUACUAAGAAAGAUUUAAGUAAAUCAAGAACUCAAUCUUUUCAAUCUGUUUUAUCUACAGCAUCUUUAAAAUCAUUACAUCAACAAGCAUUAACUAAUCCCAUUAUAAAUAAUUCCAAUAAUACAAAUGCUUCAAAUACUCCCUCACAUGGUCUAACGAGAAACAAUAGUACUAUAAGUCAACACAAUAAUCUUAGUAUUAAUAGUUCAAAAAAUUUCCAAUCUUUCAUUCAAGCCCCGGUGUUGUCAUGUAUUCAGAAAAAUAAUGAUGAUUGUAAAAUUGGUCAACAACAACCAUUUGAUGAUAAACCUUCAAAAACAAGAAAGUCCUCAAAUACAAAUGCUUCAACUCAAAGUAAUGAUGAUGAUGAAAAUUUAACCCAACAGAGAAAUUUAACUUUGAAUGCUUUAAAGAAACUAAGUAUGUCUCCAAGACCAGUAACUAAUCCCGAUGAAUCGUCAGAAAAAGUAGAAAAAAGUGGUGAAGAAAGUAUACAAACCAAGACAAAAGAACCUUAUCAACCUGCUGAAGUUGACUUAUCUUCAUUUGCAAGUCUUACAAGACAGCCUAAACUGAAUUAUAAAUUGCCUUCCCCAGCAACCCCAACGGCACCUGCGAAUAAUCAUAAUAAUAAUAAUAACAAUGUUGUCCAAUCAGUGAGAAGACAAUCUAAAGAUUCCGUUGAUUCCAAUAUUUCACAAUACCAUAAUGAUUUACAACAGCAACAGUUAAGUGCUAUUCAACGUCAAUUACAACCUGAGAAGUUUAAUACUUCAUCUCCAUUUAGUCGGACAAAACUGCAAAACCAUCAACAAUUCCAACAACAACAGCAGCAACCACCACCACUACAACAACAACAGCAGCAAACAACAACUCCUCAAGUAUAUACCAAUUUUCCCCAGCAAUUACAACAGCAUCAUCAAGGUGGAAUUCCAGCAGCUGUUAUCCCACCAACCGAUUUUAGUGCAAAGAGAAAACCACUGAAUCCUGCAUUGAGUAAAAUUCCAAUACAGCAACCAUUGCCUCCUUCACAGCAACAACAGCAAUUUGCAACUGGAGCUGGAUUAGCAAACUUAACACCAGGCUCACCUUCAAAACAAGCACAUCAACUUAAUUCUAGUCGUUCAUCUAAACAUUUGCAACAGAUUAAGGGUUUAAGGAAUCCAAUGUAUGUUCCUGCAGUUUUAAGAAUGACACAAAAUAAUGGAUUAUCAACACCCAAUAGAUCAACUUCAAAUUCACCGGAUGUGAUUGCUACCAACUCUUCAAUUGCUUCUCCAACGUCUCCACAACAUCAAAUUUCCUCGCAUCCAUCAAUUAAUGAUCAUUAUGAAUCACAUUUGCAAAAUUUCGGCAACAAAAAUAGUAUUCAAGAUUCAUCAAAUGCAUCUAUAAAUUCAAUUGAUUCAUCAAUAUCCAUGGAAUCUAAUACUUCAAUGACAAGUGGAAUCACUGGAUUUUUAUCUCCUUUCAAUAACAAUAACAAUUCAUCAACUACAUCGUAUGAUUAUGUUCUGAGAGCUCCACCAACUAGAAAACAUUGGAUUAAAGAUGAAACAGUUAUGAAAUGCUCAAUUCCAUCGUGUCCAAAAGUAUUUAAUUUCUUUGAGAGAAGACACCAUUGUAGAAAAUGUGGUGGCAUAUUUUGCAAACAACACACUAGUCACAGUCUUUAUAUUAAUCAUUUGGCACAAUUUACAACUGGUGGAAGAGGUACAUUAUCUAAAGUUUGUGAUAAUUGUAUUGAUGAAUAUAAUCAUAAGUUUAUCACCAAAGAAUUUGGGGUUAAUUUGAUACAGAAGAAUGAUGAGAUCAAUAAAGCAAAUGGAGAUGUUGCAUCAAGACAAUGCAAAUCAGCAACUUAUACUCCGAUUGAUACAAGAACAGGUAUGGGUAUUGGUUCUAAUGAUACGAGUAAUUCGAAUGCUAUUACUAGUGGAAUGGCAACAGGUGCUGGAGAUUCUGCUGCAAAUAAUAAUAAUAAUAAUACUAGAAGUGAACAAUUAGUAGGGAGUGUUCCUGCUAAUUGGACAUGGAGUUCAUUUUAG